CUGAAUUAGUGACAUUGACGUUUAGAAAUGGCGGUCACAGUUCUUCGCUUUUAAUUAUUUUGUUAUUUUUUUACAUUUUAAUCUAUAAAAAUGCAUAUCAAACAGGUGAAUAUUUAGGUUUAAAAGUUAUCGUGAGCAAAUUGUUGUGGAGCCAUUCGACAAACGACAUAAUGUAGUCGUUGGGCGCAACGGCUCAGGAAAAAGUAACUUCUUCCAUGCUAUUCAAUUUGUAUUGAGCGAUGAAUUCUCUCAUCUCCGACCUGAACAAAGAUUGGCGUUGCUUCAUGAAGGCACUGGACCAAGAGUUAUAUCUGCUUUUGUUGAAAUUAUAUUUGACAAUUCUGACAAUAGAAUACCGAUUGAGAAAGAUGAAAUUUUCUUACGUCGGGUCAUUGGGUCCAAGAAGGAUCAAUUCUUCCUCAACAAAAAAGUGGUGCCAAGGUCAGAAGUCCUCAAUCUACUGGAGAGCGCUGGACUUUCUAACUCCAAUCCUUACUACAUUGUCAAACAGGGAAAGAUUAACCAAAUGGCUGUGGCACCAGAUUCACACAGAUUGAAGCUGUUGAGGGAAGUGGCUGGUACAAGAGUGUAUGAUGAACGCAGAGAAGAGUCUGUCACUAUUCUCAAAGAGACAGUAGGAAAGGUGGAGAAGAUUAAUGAAUUUCUUCAGACUAUCGAAGAACGUCUGAAGACUCUGGAAGAAGAGAAGGAGGAACUGAAAGAAUACCAGAAGUGGGAUCGCGCUCGUCGCGUUCUAGAAUUUAUUAUUCACGACACAGAGCACAGGGAAAAUAAAAGAAAACUUGAUGAGUUGGAGAAGAUGCGUUCAAACAGCGGUAAAGAGCAGCAACACUACGCUGAUUUAGUAAGAGAAGCUCAAGAUCACGUUAGAGAAGCUAAUCGAAAACUGAAGGAAGCGCGUAAAGAUGUGGCUGCAGCACGCGAAGAGAAGGAUAUUUUAUCGACAGAACAGCAACAGUUGUUGAGAGAGAAAACCAAAUUGGAACUGGCCAUCAAAGACUUGACUGAUGAUGUUGAUGGUGACAACAAAUCUAAGGAAAGAGCCGAAGCUGAGCUGGAACGACUGAGGCAGCAAAUAUCGGAGAAAGAGCGCGAGCUAGAGGAGUUGAAGCCGAAAUACGAGGAGAUGAAAGCGCGCGAGGAGGAAUGCACCAGAGCUUUAGCUCUCAAUCAGCAGAAGAGGCAGGAGUUAUAUGCGAAACAGGGACGAGGCACACAGUUCACUUCCAAGCAAGACAGAGAUAGAUGGAUCGAGAAAGAGUUGAAAUCUCUAAAUAAACAAAUAAAGGACAAGAAGGACCACGAAGGUAAAUUGCGCGAAGAUCUAAGACGUGACGCGACCAAACUGACUGAAUUAGAGAAGAGGAUAGAAGAAAUGACUAAAGAGAUGGAGAGACAAAGAGUGGCCAUUGAUGAACACAACAAACAGUAUUAUGAGUGUAAGAAAAAGAAGGAUCAAGAACAGAGUGCUAGGAACGAACUAUGGCGAAAGGAGACCACAUUGACGCAGAAUCUGUCUUCUCUGAAAGAAGAUUUAGCUAAAGCUGAUCAAGCACUUCGAUCUAUGGCUGGCAAACCGAUCCUCAACGGAAGGGACAGUGUCAGAAAAGUAUUAGAAACAUUCCAAGAGAGAGGGGGAGAGUGGGCGAAAAUAGCAACACAAUACUACGGACCUGUCAUUGAGAACUUCACUUGUGAUAAGACUAUAUACACUGCGGUUGAAGUAACAGCCGGUAACCGUCUAUUCCAUCACAUAGUGGAGUCAGAUACUGUCGGCACCAAAAUUCUGAAGGAGAUGAACCGUCAGAGUUUACCCGGUGAAGUCACGUUCAUGCCUCUGAACAGACUUCAAGUACGAGACAUGGUGUAUCCUAAUGACAAUAACGCCAUAGCGAUGGUGCAGAAGUUGAAAUACGACCCCAAAUACGCGAAGGCGAUGAAAUAUAUCUUCGGCAAGACGUUGAUUUGCAGAAAUCUAGAAUGCGCCACUGAACUCGGGAAACAAUUCCACUUGGACUGCGUCACAUUGGAAGGAGACCAGGUAUCAUCGAAAGGCUCCCUAACAGGUGGUUAUUUCAACCAAUCGCGAUCUCGUCUUGAAAUGCAGAAGACUCGUUCUGAACUGAUGGAACAAAUAACAACAUUGGAACAAGAACUGAGCACUUUACGACAAGAGUUGAAUAAGACUGAAACAAGUAUCAACACUAUUGUAUCUGAGAUGCAAAGAACUGAAACUAAACAGGGGAAAGCAAAGGAUAUUUUCGAUAAAGUAAAGGCAGACAUUCGCUUGAUGAAAGAAGAGUUAGCAUCUAUCGAAAGAUUCCGUGGUCCCAAAGAACGGUCCCUGGCUCAAUGCCGUUCAAGUUUGGAAGCGAUGCAAGCUACCAAAGAGGGACUCGAAUCUGAAUUACAUCAGGAAUUAAUGGAGCAAUUAUCGACUGCGGAUCAAGGUAAAGUGGAUGAGUUGAAUGACGCCAUCAGAAGACUUACACAAGAGAAUAAAGAAGCAUUCAGCGCCAGAAUGAACCUGGAGGCUACCAAGAAUAAAUUGGAGAACUUACUCACUAACAACUUGAUCAGACGUAAAGACGAAUUAGUGCAAGCUCUUCAAGAGAUAUCAGUAGAAGAUCGUAAGCGUCGCUUAGCGAAUAGUAAAGGUGAUCUAACCGCCGCCGAGAAACGGAUCAAACAGAUCAAUAAAGAGAUGGAAGAAGUCGAGAGGAAAGUUCAAGCAGCUGUCAAGAACGAGAAGACACUGAAAAUGGAACUAGACAAGUGGAGGAAUAAGGAAAAAGAAGCACAAGACAAAAUGGAGGAGGAUGCGAAAGGAUUAGAGAAGAUGGCCUCAAAAGAAGUUCUACUGCAAGAGAAAAUACAAGAAUCACUAGACAAAAUCGCAGCGCUGGGUACGCUGCCAAAUGCACCAGAAUUACAUGCUAAAUAUCAGAAAUUAUCUUUAAAACAACUUUUCAAAGAACUAGAGAAAGCCAAUCAGCAUUUAAAAAAGUACAACCAUGUGAACAAAAAAGCCUUGGAUCAAUUCAUCAGCUUUUCGGAGCAAAAGGAAAAACUUUAUAAACGCAAAGAAGAGCUGGAUAUUGGCGGUGAAAAGAUUCGCGAGCUUAUAGAGACACUGGAGCACCGUAAGUUGGAAGCGAUCCAGUUCACGUUCCGUCAGGUCAGCAAGAAUUUCACGGAGGUGUUCAAGAAACUGGUGCCGCACGGUCGCGGCUCGCUCAUCAUGAGGACCGGAGCUGAUGAUGCGUCGGAACUCAACGCUGAGCGUGCGACAGGAGAUCAAUUCGCCGGCGUCGGUAUCAAAGUAUCGUUCACUGGCGGGGAGGGCGAUAUGCGAGAGAUGAACCAGCUGUCCGGCGGGCAGAAGUCACUAGUGGCCCUGGCCCUUAUAUUCGCCAUACAAAAGUGUGAUCCUGCACCAUUCUAUCUGUUCGACGAAAUCGAUCAGGCUCUAGACGCUCAACAUCGUAAAGCGAUCGCGAACAUGAUCCACGAAUUAUCAUCUUCCGCUCAAUUCAUUACGACCACUUUCCGGCCGGAGCUUUUGGAGCACGCCCACAAAUUCUACGGCGUCAAGUUCAGGAAUAAAGUGUCACACGUGGAAUGUGUCACCCAAGAAGAGGCGAGAGACUUCGUUGAAGACAGUGCUACACAUGCAUAGAUAGGUGUUGAGUUUAGAUUUAAUACAUUUAAAUAAUAAAAUAUGUAAUAUAAUUCAGUUACGUAUCUGUUAAAUAAAUUAUAUUGUGAUUUUUAAUUAGGUGGACUAAAUUUUGUGGGCUGCCAUUGCAAAUAAAUAAUAGUGUUGUGAAACAGAGUGAUGGAAUGUGAUCUGUGAAUUAUUAUUCGUUUACUUUCGUGCAUUACUUUCUAGUUUACCAUAGGGUUAACUAAAAAGGGUAACUAAAAACUAUAGAGUUAGAAAAUUAUAAUUAUUAAUUUCGAACAGAUUUUUUUUUUUUUUUAUCAAAACUGUAACUUUGACAGGACUGUAACACCUCUAUCUGCAGUCACUCGACUUUUACUCAAAAGCAAUUACUUGAGUAAAAGUAUUUAGUUAAGCACAUAUUUUUACAAAUAAACAAGAAUUUGAAUAACAAGUUAAUCGUAAGAAUAUAAUUAUUAUUAGUUAUAAUACAACAGUUCUUAUUUGAUAACAUGCUAUUUUCUAAAGUAAUUAUUUCUCUCGACUAUAUGAGAACAUCCGAGUGUUAGUAUUUUAAUUGGGAAGAUAAAUAAAACUACCUAAUGAAGACAAAAAAAAACACUUUUUGAAGUCCAUAUGAAACUCAAUGAGAAGGGAAAUGAACUCAGUGGCGUAGCGUGUCUUUCUUCGUAUUACAAUGUAAUGCAUUAUUAAAUAAAACGUAUAA